AUGGUGAGCUGGGACAAUCAAUUGUCGAUCUGCUCGGAGAUCGACGGCGACGUUCGACUGUUCCCUGAAAAGAAGAAAAUUAGCCAGAGAUGUCAAUGGAAUACAAACGAAUCUAAGUCCAAAAUAUCUGCUCUUAAGGCUAUUCCAAGCGCGGAGAUUAUGAAUAAGGACAUUGAGGUACUUAACGCAACAGUUUCAGGUUUAAAGGACGACAUAACGCGUCAUACCUCUGAUCUGAUUGAGACCAGAUCUUGUCUACUCAGCGAAACCGCUGAGGUAGACUAUCUCAAGUCAACAGGCGCUACGCUUAAUGAACAACUAGAGUUAACUAAAGCGAAAGAGAACAAAGCAGUUGAAUUUACCAACCAACUGCAGCACAGUCCGCACAACCAGCAGCCAAAGGCUACGUCGUCACCGUACAAUGGAUGUCAGCACUCUACUGAAGCGAUGGCCACGACUAAGGUCGAUUCAGUCAUUAAUACCGGUUCCUUCGACCAUGAGAAGAUUCAGGAACCUGUUGCCAGCACCGUUGGUCAGCUUGACCGUAAUGAUACUCCAAUUAAUGAACGUUCUGACAUGCCAACAACAAUUGAGGAGCUGGAUGGUAACGCUGCUUGUCAGGGGCAUAAGUGGAGAGAGGGAAAGCAGGCGCUAGCCUGCGGCUAG